AUGUCAUCACCGCCAACACAUUCAGCACGAUCACAUUUACGACGAAAUAGCUUGGAAAUUUUACAAUAUGCCAAACGCCUUCAAGAAAAAUACAUCCUUCAUCCAUUUUGGGAUGGAUCAUCAUUCGAUAAAAUUGAUGAAAUAUCUCGCGUACCCGAUGUCGAUAUUGUCGAUGCUGGUUGCUGUAAAUAUCUCUUAAUAGAAGUAAAUAACUGUGGCACAGCCUAUGGACAAUCGAAAUUAGUGGUGCGUGGUGAUGCUUCAUGCACAUAUCAUGCCGAUAUUCUGGAGAAAUUGGAGAAACAAAUCAACACGAAAGAAUUGGUGCUAAAUUGCAAAGGUGGUGGACGUAUACAGGUAGAUCCAGCAACACGAACAAUUUCUGUUUAUGGCCGAUCACAAGAAUUCGGUCGAGCUGAUCAUGAGAAAACUGUGGAAAUUCUCCGAAAAUCGUAUCCACAAUGGACAGUAGACCUAACGGAUGAUGAGUAUUAG